AUGCCAAAUCCAUUGAGGGGACUAUUUCGGAAGGGGUGGCAGCGGCGCCGUCGCAAGAACAAGAAUCGUCCAAAGAACAAUGGCAAUGGCGCCCUGAGCCGUGGACAGCGGAGGAAACGGGCACAGCGAGAGAUUCAUGAAUUGGAGAAGGGGGGUAUUAUGCCAUCGUUCGAUGAACUGCAACCGCUCCUUACGUGUAGUGGCAAAGCAACCCAAUAUUUCUACGAUAAGGGAGUUCUCCAGCCUCCGACAAACUGUCCAAGAUGCACCCAUCCGGUCACCUACAAACCAAAUGCGAGGAAUACUGUUCGUUGCCGGCGAUCCGACUGCCCCUUCAUCAUUCCUACGGCAUGUGACAAGUGCGGCGACCAGGUGGCGUGCUACACGGAGGAGACCACAGGUGAGGUUCUGUCCGCGGUUUGCCAGAACAGUGCUUGUCACUGGACAUGGAAACAGAGCGGUACUGCUUUCGAGUGCUCAAUCAACAAGGGGGGUGUUAUGGAGAACUGCAGACUGGAGAAAAACAAGAUUCUGUGGCUGAUAUACCUAUGGCUCUUGAAGGUUCCAGCUCGAACGGCUGGUGUCCUUUCCUCAGUUUCUGAGGGCACAGUUAGCCGGUGGUACCGGCAUUGGCGAAGGUUGGUGACAGAAAUGGUUCUCCAGGCAGGAAGAGAGGAGUACAUGCUUGGUGGUCCCGGUAGGAUUGUCGAAAUGGAUGAAGGAAAGUUCGGAAAGCGCAAGGACAACAGAGGCCGGUGCGUCAAUGCCGAUUGGGUAUUCGGAAUGGUGGAACGCGGUGGUGAACGAAAGAUGGCACUGGCGGUUGUACCGAACAGGAAGGCCGACACACUGCUCCCACUUAUCACAGCAUUCGUCUUGCCAGGAACAACAAUUCACACUGACAUGCAUGGUGGAUACAACAAAAUAGAGGAACAAGAAGGCUACAACUACACACACAAGAGACUAUGCCAUAAGUAUGAGUUUGUUGCCCAGGAUGGAACUCACACACAAACGAUCGAGGGCAACUGGAGAGUGCUCAAGAAGAAUGUGCCAGAGAGCCAACGCGAGGGCAGCGACCUCCAGGAGUACCUGUACGAAUGCAUGUGGAGGAGGAAACACACAAACGACCUUUGGGCUUCCUUCAUGGUGGGUCUAGCGAGACUCAGGUACAGGCCGGCUGACAUCGAUCGUCUCUGGGACCAUCGUGAGAUGGUGGAUGAUCCAGACAACUAUGAUCCAGACGAUGACAGUGAAUCCAGCGACGACGACUGUAGCCUAUCCGCCGACUCUAGUGUUAGCGAGAUAAGUGUCAGCGACCCCUCCUCUGACUACAUGGUGAUCUAG